AUGAAAUACACAAUAUUAUCAACGGCCAUACUACUACUACAAACUAUAGAUGCUUUUCAACUUCCAUUCAAUUUGGGACAGUUACCUAAAGUAUUUCAAUCUGAUUUACUGUUGAAUCAACCACAUUACUCAACUUUGAAACAUGAUGAUAUCCCAAUUAAUUUAUCUCAAUAUGAAGAUGAUAUAGUUGUUAGAUUAUCAUAUGAAAAACACUUGAAAGAGUACUUGUUACUUCAGAAAGAUAUUAAAUUCAACAAGUGGGCACAAAAUAACAAUGCUAGAACAAUGGAUAUUCAAAUUAAAAAAUCAGAUUUUUAUAACAAUUUAUUGACAAAAUUUCCAAAUUUAAAAUAUGAAAUCAUUAUUGAAGACUUAUCUCAAACUGCUUAUGAAACAUUUCCCAAAUCAAAUGAUUUUACAAUUUCGAACGAUUUGGAUUUUCAUGCUCAAUCAGAGUUAUUUUUCGAAGAGUAUAGAAAUUUAAAUACAAUCGAAUCAUGGUUGAAUUUAUUACAAAUUACAUAUCCUCAAGUCAUAAAUAUUGAAGAAAUAGGUGACACAUACGAACACAAAAAACUCAAAGUGGUUCAUUUUCAAGUACCAAACGACAUAGACCAUAAAUCUAAAAAGACUAUAGUAAUAACUGGUGGAGUCCAUGCAAGGGAAUGGAUAUCGGUAUCAACUACUUUAUAUUUGAUCUAUCAAUUGAUUCGAUUAUAUAAUACAUGGCCAGGUUCCAAAAUUUUAACACAAUUGAACUUCUUAUUUAUACCAGUUUUCAAUCCAGAUGGUUACGAAUAUACAUGGACGACUGAUAGAUUAUGGCGUAAAAAUAGACAAGAAACCCCAAUUCCUAAAUGUUUUGGUAUUGACAUUGAUCAUUCUUAUGAUUAUCAUUGGACAAAAUCUACUGAUUGGGCAUGUGGUGAAGAAUAUAGUGGAGAUAUCCCAUUUGAAGCUUUUGAAUCAAAAAUUUGGGAUAAUUACCUUAAUGAAACCAAUCAAGAACAUAAAAUUUAUGGAUACUUAGAUUUACAUUCUUAUUCACAAGAAAUUUUAUAUCCUUAUGCGUACUCAUGCAAUCAACAACCAAGAGAUGAAGAAAAUUUGAUUGAAUUGGCAUGGGGUAUAGCUAAAUCUAUACGUUUAAAAUCAGGUAGUAAUUAUCAAGUUUUACCUGCUUGUAUUGAUAAAGAUAGUGAUUUAUUACCUGAUUUAGGAAGUGGAUCAAGUUUAGAUUAUAUGUAUCAUAAUAAAGCUUAUUGGGCUUAUCAAUUAAAAUUAAGAGAUACUGGUUCUCAUGGAUUCUUAUUACCAUCCAAAUAUAUAGAACCGGUAGGAGAUGAAAUUGUUAGUGCUAUUAAAUAUUUUUGUGAGUUUAUUUUGAGUGAUGAUCGUUAG